AUGGGUCUAGCCGCACCCCGGAAGAAAACCAAGAUCUCCCAUGAUCCAAAUAAUACAAAAUGGGCUCGGUCUACGUCGGGCUUUGGACACCGAAUCAUGAGUGCUCAAGGCUGGACGCCCGGCGGUCGCCUCGGUGCUCGAGAUGCAGCUCACGCUGAUUUUCUGACAAAUGCGAGUGUUUCCCAUAUCCGAGUGACCGUCAAAGAUGAUACCCUGGGCCUUGGUGCCCGUGCUGGGCGUGAAAAUGAACCCACUGGCCUGGAUGCCUUCAAGGGACUAUUGGGUCGGCUGAACGGCAAGAGCGACGAGGAAUUGAACAAGGAGCAGCGAAAGCGAGAUGAUGUUAAAUUGGCUCGCUAUGUUGCCAUGAAGUUCCAGGAAGUGCGGUUUGUCCGCGGCGGGCUCUUGACACAAGAGAAACUUCAAGCAUUACCGGAGGAUGAUCAGAAGAAAUCGAGCACCCCUGCUACCAAGGAAACAUCCAGCGAGGAUGUUAUCACUCUUUCCAGCGACUCGACCGACCCGGUGUCCAAGUCAUCCAAGUCCAAGUCCAAAUCCAAAUCCAAAUCCUCGAAGAAGUCCCGAUCUCAGUCAGACGAGGCAGAUGACUUAUCCUCCGCUACCGAGACAAAGAAGGAGAAGAAAUCCAAGAAAAAAUCCAAUAAGCGCAAAGCAGAUGACGAUGGAUCAGACUCUGUGGCGGGACAGGAUUCCUCAGCUGAGCAGGACCACCAGACUGGAUCGAAGGCCAAGACGGAUUCGCCCGUGGCAGUUGCGCCACGAGAGCGCUUACCGAUUGGGAGACAGUUGUUCCGCAGCCGUCAUAUUGCGCAGAAGAAGAGGGCACUGAUGGAUGAUAAAUCUCUAAAAGAGAUCUUUAUGGUCAAAGCAUAG